UCCGUGGGUCUGCUCGGACUGACUUUUGACAGUGCGCCUUCAGUCUGUGAGGGGCUUGGCGGGGAAAGUUGCUGCGAGGAGAGGCGGCUGGGGCCGAGGCGUCCGGCGCGCAGGGCGGGCGUCCCGGGCGGGCACGGCGCCGCGGCUGCCGACGGGGCUUGGGGUUCCGAUUGAAGACCUGGCUUCUGUUUGCUGCCUGGAUUAUGCCCCAGGUUUUCCUCCCCAAUGAUUCUCUUGCAACACGCCGGGCUUCCUCCGCCUAAGAGGCCCUCAUCCUCCUCUCCUAUGUCAGUGGCCUCCAGGUCUCCAGGAACUUUGCAGCUUCCACCACAGAAGCCUUUUGGGCAGGAGGCUUCCGUGCCACUGUCAGGAGAAGAAGAGCUACCUGGAGGUGGAGACCAAGACACUGCCCUGGAGGAGCUCUGUAAGCCCCUGUACUGCAAACUCUGCAAUGUCACCUUGAACUCGGCCCAACAAGCCCAGGCACAUUAUCAGGGUAAAAAUCACGGUAAGAAACUCCGAAAUUACUAUGCUGCAAACAGCUGUCCUCCCCCUGCCCGGAUGAGCAGUGUGGUGGAGCCUGCAGCCGCUCCAGUCGCUCCAGGCCCUCCGCAGGUGGGCUCCUUUAAGCCAGGAGGCCGUGUGAUCCUGGCCACCGAGAAUGACUACUGUAAGCUUUGUGAUGCCUCCUUCAGCUCCCCGGCUGUGGCGCAGGCCCACUAUCAGGGCAAGAAUCACGCCAAGAGGCUGCGACUCGCAGAAGCGCAGAGUAACUCAUUCUCGGAAUCCCCGGAGGUGGGUCAACGGCGGAACCGGAAGGAAGGGAAUGACUUUAAGAUGAUGCCUAAUAGGAGAAAUAUGUACACAGUACAGAACAGUUCAGCAGGUCCUUACUUCAAUCCCCGUUCUCGGCAAAGGAUUCCCCGCGAUCUCGCCAUGUGUGUUACUCCAAGUGGCCAGUUUUACUGCUCAAUGUGCAAUGUUGGGGCUGGCGAGGAGAUGGAAUUCCGGCAGCAUUUGGAGAGCAAGCAGCAUAAAAGCAAGGUGUCGGAACAGCGGUACCGGAGUGAGAUGGAGAAUCUGGGAUAUGUAUAGUGAUGGUCAUACUCCAAUAGAGCAGCUUGUCCUGCCUCUUGUUUGCCUUCUGUCGACCUGCCCUGCUUUGUGGUCUGUUGAUAUGAGUACAUUCCUCUGCUUAAUGUUAGCUCCUGUAACCUGUAGUGGUACCAUGAGAUGUCAAAACUAGGGGCGGGGUAGGAGGAAAGAAUGGGCUGCGUGGGUCAUAGUGCUUUCUCAGGUCAAUUACGUUUGAGCUGCUUAGCAUGUGACUUACCUGCCCUAUCAGAAAUAACCUUUCAUCUUGGCCCAAGUUCUGGUUGACUAGUAAUCUGACCACUUAGAGCUGUGACUACUGAAAAAUGUCAUCUUUCGCAGUUCUAGCUUUAGGUUCUGUUACAUCAAAAAUUAUGUGAGUUCUUCCGAUUACAGUAAGAACAGGUAAGCAGAGAUUUAAGCUUGCCCAGGUGUCAUUGGAAUAUCACCUUAAUGCAUUGGCCAUGGAAUCAUUUAUUACAAACAAUGUGAGGGUCUUUCCCAGGUCAUAAUUUUUCUUGUAUGAACCCCACGUGCAUCACUGAACUGAAGAUGUUCUUGAAUUCAGACACCGUCACUGUGUUUGUGUACUUCCAGACAGCUGAGGUGCAUCUCCAGCUGUGGCUUUCCCACAUGCAAUUGGCACCACCUUCUCUCCUUUUUCUUCCCUCCUCAUUGCGUCAGCCUAUCUAAUAAACUCAAAUUCACUCCCCAGCUGUGCUGUGGGAUUUCCAAAGCAUGCAUUUGAAUAUUUAGAAAGUUUUAAAUUGAUAUUAUUUUUAAGAAUUUUUUUCAGCUGAUCUGUAGGAAAUGGAAAGAUAUAUUAGAUUUUUCCUUUUAGAGUUAUGAGUUCAUUGAUAAUCACCUGUACUUACAUGAAAAUCUUAAUGGUAAGCUCAUUUCUUGACGUUUUCUUUUGAAAGACAUUUUAGAUAAUCCGAUCCUAACAUUAUAGACAUUCCUCUGUGUCAUGCCAGUUAGUUGGCUGUCCUGAAAAUUGCUACCACUUACCCACUUCUCAGAGAGGAAUUUUUUUUUUAAGAAAAUUUAAUGAAGUAUCAUCAUUUCUAGUAGAAAAAUACAUGAACUUUAGAAUUUCCUCUUUAUAUGGCUUCCUUGAUGAUACUGAAAGCAUAUUAUAGAUGACUUUGGCCUUUGUUCAUUAUAAAGGUGUUAUUUAUCCUUGUUUUCAAAAUGAGAAGCCAUAAUGUGUAUCUGGAUUAUAAUGGAAUAUGCUGUAAACUUCCAUUAAUCGCAUUGAAUCUCUUGCUCCAUUGUACAUUACAUGGGUAAGACUGGUGCUCAUUCAUGCUUCAUUUAAAAAGGCCACAAUCACCAGGAAGUUUAUAUCGCGUGUUAUCUUUUUCACAUGAUUGUCAAUUCACAUUUGAUUGCUUAUAUUACUAAUGAAAAGUGAAAUUUCUGUUUUUCCUUGGGAAUUUCAUAGGCAAAUAGAUGGAGAGUAUAAAAAUUAUAGUUAUCAUUUAUUUUCUGUAAUAUUUUGGAAUAGUCUUUGAACACUUUAGCUCUGUAAUUAAAAUCAGAUUUUAUGAUUAACAUUAGUAUCAAGUUAUUUUAUGGGAAUGGUUGUUUAUUAAAAAAAGUAGAAUUACUUAGUAUUUUUUUUUCUUUCAGAAGUAAGAAUGAAAUAGUAUGGUAUGUGGUUGAGUUUCUAGUUAUCCAUGUGAUUCUUGGUAUAAUAAUCCGUUUUGGAGUAAUGAAGUACACUUAAUUUAGAAUAAUGUAGGGCUUAUCUUCUUGGCCAGUAGGUGAUUGAUUUUGCUGCUAAGCAUAAUUUUUUUGGUAGAUUUUCCUAUCAUAGUGCUGGACACUUUGUUCUGUGAUUACUUAAAAAUUAAUUUUUCUCUCUUUGUGUUUACAUACACGCAGCCAUAUCCAUCCCAACCCCUUAGAUGUGUGUUCUUAUGUCAUACCAUAAAGAGAAUUUAAUGACUCCUUUUUUCUGAUAACAAUGAAGAAUUAUGGAUAUGAAUUUUUAUUUUAUAAAGAUGGCAUUUAUUCACUUUCAGUUUUUCCUUUGGAAACAAAAUUCAAGGAAAUGCCUUUCCCUUCUCCCCACUUAACAAUUCCAUGACAAGUGGUGAACUUGGGGCCUGAUGCUUUUGCAGGGCUUGUAUAUUCAGGUUUCCAGUUUCCCAGUUCCCUUAAUAGAUGUUAUGAAUACAUAAGCGCAUUUUCUUUUAAAGAAAGAAGUUAGAUUUAUAGUGUUAUUUCUUACUUGCUCUAUUUCUUUGCACUAAAUAAGAGAACUAUGUGUUUGUUUUAUAUGAAACUUUAAUGCCAUAUUGCCUACAAGAACUCAAUUUGUUCCUUACUUUCCAAACUCUAGGAUGUUGAUAAAUACUUCCAUGAGCAUUGACAGAAGUUACAUACACACCUAAAAGAUUCCCACACCUCUAGUUUUGGGUUUGUUACCUUGCAGGAUUCUUGUGUGUUCUGUAGGUGAAACAGAGGGCAACAAGGUGUUGGCUCUGCCUGGCACACGUUCUCGUAUUUAUGCGUCCCAUGUAGACGGUGUCAUUCUCUGCUGAGGCAGGUGGUGUGGCUCCUCCAUCGGUGACAUCCGAUCUCCAUCAGUUUCAUUUUGUGAAGUCCAGUCCUGCUGUGUGCUGUGCUUCAGGCCUUGCCCCCCAUGCUCCCUGGGAAUCCUGUUACUGCCUCUUUGUAAACUGUAUACAGGAUAUCUGUCUGAGGCCCCACUGUGAACAACUUUGUGUGAGACACAGUAGAUUGCAGUAAUCAUGCAGAACUCACAGCCUCGAAGUCUCUUCUCUGUGCUUAUUCGUGUAUGUUGUCAUGAAAUGUCAGUGGUAGAAAAUAACAAUUAGAAACUCUUCUAAGAUAUUGUGGACAAGUUGUAAAGGAGAACAUUCAUGUUCCGAUUAAAAGCUUGGAUUACAUUUGCCUCCAAAGUGUUUUCUUUUUCUUUGGAAAAAAAAAAGAAGAGGGGUUCUAUGUGUCCAGUAAUCCUUUUGACUCCACUCUGAACAGAAACGCUUUGUUAGUCUUGGCUUCUUUGUCCGUCGUGCCUUGUAACUUGUAAGUAUGUGCAUGUUGUGUGUUGCAUUUGUCUGCUGUCUCUUAUUGCAUUGAAUUCUGCAAGGUGAAUACCUUUUCUGUACUAUUCAUUUGAAAAAAAUUUCCCCCUACCCAAAUCUUCCUAAACUUUGCAGACCAGUUAAGAUUUUUGAAACCCUGUUGUUGAAUGGAGAGUUAUGGCUGAGGUCUUCCUGAUGUCUCUCCGACUUAAAAGACUGGACAGGAAGGACAGGAUCCGCCACAUUUUGCAGAUCUCUUCUAAGAAUUAUAUGCUUUUGCUUAUAGCUGUCUAUAUUUGAACAAAGUUUAAAGGAACUGCACACACGCACACACACACAGAGGCAUAUAUACAAAGAUGCUGCAGAGAGUUGGUGGAGGAAUGGAACGAAAAAUAAGUUUAUUUUGGUUCUAAUAAUUUUGAAAUCUAUGUGUAUGUGGGGUUUUCGAAAAGUUCAUGGAAAAUGUCCAGUAUGGAAGAAUUACGCAUGGGUUUCUAAAUACUAUGUCCCAGAAUAAACUUACUUGUAAUUUCAUUUUACGCAAACUUUCUGAAGUCUCCACGUAUGUGUACAUUUGGUUAAGUCUUCCUGUGUAGUGUAAAGAGCUUUUAAGGAUUAGCUGUGGAAUUUAUUAUUCUUUCACCCCAAAGUUGGCCGGGACGGUGAAAAAGAGUUU